AUUGGGCACCAGGGGAAGAAUGUCUCCUUUCAACUUUGUCUGGUUUGCACCCCCGCAGAAGGCCACACGCCGGUUGUGGGGUGCAGAUGUGCAGAGAGUGAUUUCUAAGUAGUUGAGUUGUUGAGAUGAGGGUACGACUGCUAAUGGUAGGCAGGUUUUGUUUUCAUUGGUGAAUCUGGUGUCAUCAUAUUCCGGUCAUAUGUUGAAAUAUUCUUUGUUUAGGUCUUGAAGUAGAGGAUCUUACUCUGCACGUCCACAUUGUGUUGUUUUAAAUGAUGUCUGCAAGUAUGGCUUUCUAGAAUUUCAAAUGUGAGUUAAGGUCCGGGCGUGUGUGGGCCUUAGCACUGGCCUUGACAGUGAACUUUGUGGCUGUGUUUUGGAUUUCAAAGAUUUGCCCCAUAGCUGGGAUGCGAGCUGUGCAUUUUUGUUAAUAGUAGGUGUCAGGAAUGUAGAUGCUUAAGCUGGGGACGUUAGAGAAGGAAGAACAUUUAUGUAUUAAUAAUUGAUAGCUGAAUAUUAGAAUCAGAUUAAUUUGGGCUGAUGAAAGUUUUUUUUUUUAAAGCAGUUAUGCACUCUAGGAAGGAAGCCUUUUCAUAGGCACACUUUAUAGGGGUUCUUUAGGGCGCAGAGCUUGAAAAUCUCCUUUUAGAGAGGAUACUCAUCAACAUCUGUAGCUUCGUUGAGGGCCUGGUAAGGGGUCUGAAACUGGGGCUAAGAUAUCUAAGUAUACUUUUCAGUGUUUCUGUUGUUUGUUUACAUCUGGUGUUCAUUCACGUUUGGGCAGUAGAAAUAAAUAGGUCAGCCUUACUUUUGGUUUUUGAAGACUAGCCCCCCCCCCUUUUUUAAGUUUCACAAUUUACUUGGUUUCACAGCAUUGUAGGAAACUGUUACUACAUUUUUACUGGAAAUACUGUUAUUCAUUUUGAUUUUGGUUUGAAGAGUCUGUCCUUUUUCUCAUUCAAUCAUCUGGAAGGAGCUGCCUCAGAAAUACUCUUCUUCUGCUUACAUGAAGAACUCUAAAUGUUACCCAGCAGGAGGUGCUACAGCAAGAAAGGCAAUUUCUGAAAUUUGAGGGUCUUGCUACUUAUUACAGCUCUACUUAGCUUCAACUAAGCAACAGGAUUAACACUUUAAAGUUCCAGAAAGAUUUUUGAGGAGCAAGAGAACUGAAGGAGAGCCAAUUUCCCCAGAACUGCUGCAGUGAGAAGAGGAGUUUGUUAUUUUAAACAGAGGCUGAAGAAACUAUAGAAUUAACAGACAUAAGAAAAAGUGGAGAAGGUAGAGGAUGGAGUUGCAGACUCUACAGGAGGCUCUUAAAGUGGAAAUUCAGGUUCACCAGAAACUGGUUGCUCAGAUGAAGCAGGAUCCACAGAAUGCUGAUUUAAAGAAACAGCUUCAUGAACUUCAAGCCAAAAUCACAGCUUUGAGUGAGAAACAGAAAAGAGUAGUUGAACAGCUACGGAAGAACCUGAUAGUAAAGCAAGAACAACCAGACAAGUUCCAAAUACAGCCAUUGCCACAAUCUGAAAACAAACUACAAACAGCACAGCAGCAACCACUACAGCAGCUACAGCAGCAGCAGCAGUACCACCACCACCACGCCCAGUCAGCUGCAUCCUCUCCCAACCUGACUGCUUCACAGAAGACUGUAACUACAGCUUCUAUGAUUACCACAAAGACACUACCUCUCGUCUUGAAAGCAGCAACUGCGACCAUGCCUGCCUCUGUUGUGGGCCAGAGACCUACCAUUGCUAUGGUGACCGCCAUCAACAGUCAGAAGGCUGUGCUCAGCACUGAUGUGCAGAACACACCAGUCAACCUCCAGACGUCUAGUAAGGUCACUGGGCCUGGGGCAGAGGCUGUCCAAAUUGUGGCAAAAAACACAGUCACUCUGCAGGUUCAGGCAACACCUCCUCAGCCCAUCAAAGUACCACAGUUUAUCCCCCCUCCUAGACUCACUCCACGUCCGAACUUUCUUCCACAGGUUCGACCCAAGCCUGUGGCCCAGAAUAACAUUCCUAUUGCCCCAGCACCUCCUCCCAUGCUUGCAGCUCCUCAGCUUAUCCAGAGGCCCGUCAUGCUGACCAAGUUCACCCCCACAACCCUCCCUACCUCCCAGAAUUCCAUCCACCCCGUCCGUGUCGUCAAUGGGCAGACUGCAACCAUAGCCAAAACGUUCCCCAUGGCCCAGCUCACCAGCAUUGUGAUAGCUACUCCAGGGACCAGACUCGCUGGACCUCAAACUGUACAGCUUAGCAAGCCAAGCCUUGAAAAACAGACAAUUAAAUCCCACACAGAAACAGAUGAGAAACAAACAGAGAGCCGCACUGUCACUCCACCGGCUGCACCCAAACCAAAACGGGAGGAGAACCCUCAGAAACUUGCCUUCAUGGUGUCUCUAGGGUUGGUAACACAUGACCAUCUAGAAGAAAUCCAAAGCAAGAGGCAAGAGCGAAAAAGAAGAACAACAGCAAACCCAGUGUACAGCGGUGCGGUCUUUGAGCCAGAGCGUAAGAAGAGUGCAGUCACCUACCUGAACAGUACAAUGCAUCCUGGGACCCGGAAGAGAGGUCGUCCUCCAAAAUACAAUGCAGUGCUGGGGUUUGGAGCCCUUACCCCAACAUCCCCCCCAUCCAGUCAUCCUGACUCCCCUGAAAAUGAAAAGACAGAGACCACAUUCACUUUCCCUGCAUCUGUUCAGCCUGUGUCCCUGCCCAGCCCCACCUCCACAGACGGUGAUAUCCAUGAGGAUUUUUGCAGCGUUUGCAGAAAAAGUGGCCAGUUGCUGAUGUGUGACACAUGUUCCCGUGUGUAUCAUCUGGACUGCUUAGACCCUCCUCUGAAAACGAUUCCCAAGGGCAUGUGGAUCUGUCCCAGAUGUCAGGACCAGAUGCUGAAGAAGGAAGAAGCAAUUCCAUGGCCCGGAACUUUAGCAAUUGUUCAUUCCUAUAUUGCCUACAAAGCAGCAAAAGAAGAAGAGAAACAGAAAUUACUUAAGUGGAGUUCAGAUUUAAAACAAGAACGAGAACAACUAGAGCAGAAGGUGAAACAGCUCAGCAAUUCUAUAAGUAAAUGCAUGGAAAUGAAGAACACCAUCCUGGCCCGGCAGAAGGAGAUGCACAGCUCCCUGGAAAAGGUAAAACAGCUGAUCCGCCUCAUCCACGGCAUCGACCUCUCCAAACCUGUAGACUCUGAGGCCACUGUGGGGGCCGUCUCCAAUGGCCCGGACUGCACCCCCCCUGCCAACGCUGCCACCUCCACGCCAGCCCCCUCCCCCUCCUCCUCCUCCCAGAGCUGCACAGCGAACUGUAACCAGGGGGAAGAGACUAAAUAACAGAGCCCCGCUAGGAGAAGCCACGGGAUCCCGGCGGCAAGGAGAGCAAAACACUGAAGACUCUAGAAAAGCAAAGCCGGAUUUCUUCUGGAAAGUACAGAAUUCUUUUGGUUCUUUGGUUCCAGAGAGAGAGAAGAUGCUUGUGCCAGGUGGCACCAGAGUUUGCCAAUUGAUCCUUCUUAUUCUGUGUGUACAUGCAAAGAUUGGACCAUGUUACAUGAAAUAGUGCCAGCUGGAGGUUCUUUGCCAGCACCAUGCCAAGUGAAAUAAUAUAUUUACUCUCUCUAUUAUACACCAGUGUGUGCCUGCAGCAGCCUCCACAGCCACGAUGGGUUUGUUUUUGUUUUGUUGGGUGGGGAGCAGGGACGGGCGGAGGGAGGAAAGCAGGUUUCAGAUCCUUAUUUGCCGAGCCGUUUGUUUAGGUAGAGAAGACAAGUCCAAAGAGUGUGUGGGCUUUCCUGUUUCUAAACUUUCACUACUAUAAAACCAAAAAGAGGAAAUCGAGAUUUAACCAACCCAGUGCCCAGAGGAGGGAUGGGGAGGGAGUGGGAGGGAGCCGGGGUGGGAAAAGUAUAUCGAAUAAGCAGUAUUUCAUAUUGUCUGGGGCGGGCAUGGUGCACGGAGAGAUGGACACCAAGAACAGCCACUGGCUGAUUCUCUGGAGUGCUCCGCUCCCCCGCCAUGGACGCCCCCACCCUCCCCAAGUUCCUUCCCUGCUGUGGCACGUGGGCGCCAUCCCCAUGGACGAUCCGGUUACCUUCCCUCUCCAAGAACAAGCAGAAUCAGGCCUCAGGUGGCCCUUGCCCGGGGCAGGGAAGAAGGGUGUGUGUGUCAAGGAAGGAAAAAAGGUGGAUCAGUGAUUUUACUUGAAAACAAGCUCCAUCCCUUUUCUAUAUUUAUAAGAAGAGAAGAUCCUGAGUGAAGCAGCACGCGACCCAGGUGUGUGUGUAUUGAAUGGAGACGUUUCUUUUCUUUCUUUUUUGUUUUUGUUUUUGUUUUUUUUUUGUUUUUUUUUUGUUCUUUUUUCCUUUAAAAGAAGUUUUAUUUUGUUGUUUAUUUUACUUUUUUGGUAACAAAAACUAAAAUAAGGAAUAGAAAAGCUGUUUUUCAGGCUGACAGUCCAAUUAAGGGUAGUCGAGACCUUGCAUGGUAGAAUAGGAAUCAUAGUGUCAGUGAGGUCAGUGAGUCUGUGUGAGUCCUUGUGUCAUCGUUCGGGGCACUGUUUUUUUAUGCAAGGGCAAAAAUCUUUGUAUCUGGGGAAAAAAAAACAACUUUUUUUUAAAUUGAAAAGGAAAAUAAAAGAUAUUGAGGUCUUCCUAGUGUUACUUAAAUUAAGAUCAAGGUAAGAAACAUUGUAAAAAAAAAUUACGAAAGUGCUAUUUGUUUCCUAAAAACAGUGAUUUCUAUUAAAAAGGUGUCAGAACUGGAGAAAAUGCUGUGUAGUUAUAAUUUUUUAGCACAGAACCUGCUGAUCAUGAUGACAUCUUGCUGUGUUUGUGUCUCAGGACUGGUGGGCUAGUCUCCGUGAUUUCUGUCCUCCGGAUGGCUGCAGCCCUGAAGGGCAGGGGCAGAGCCCUCCCACCAGCCUCCCCUCCUCAGAAAAGACUGUCCUCUCUUCUUGGUGCAGGGAUCCGGGCUCCUGUUUCUGAAGCCCAAAUGGAGUGUGGAUGGUAUCAAGGCCCCACCUGUUGUCUCCUCAGAUUUUGCUAGAGCAGAAGGCUGGUGCCUAAACAAGAUCCCUUCCUUUGGUGCUGCUCUUGGUCUUUCAGCCACCAGCAUUUUGAGUGCCUGGGGGACAACUUUGAAGGAAAUGAAGAGUGAAGCUCUUUGGUGCCCAUGUACCCUGGCCUUGGCGGAAGGGUACAGGGGGCAGGCUGGCUGCAUCAGCCCUUGGUGCUCAGAAGGAACAAAGGAGUGAGAUGUCUUGAGGGUACAUGGUGUUUCUGAGACAGAGAGCCCCAGGGUGGCCUUUGUGUCUUCUUGCCUUUGAAGAGAGUCUUGAAUCUCCAGCCGCUUUCUCUGCCUGCUGGCUCCAGGCUCUACUUUGCCCACCCACAAGCUUCCUAGAUGACCUUUGGCUAGAAUUGCUGUGUUUGCCUUGGCUUGGCCUGUCUCCUAGAGAAAACCAGGGUUCUGAAAGGCUCCGACCAUUUCCAUCAUCUUGCCUUGUGGGAAGUAAAUUUUGUCAGGUGUGGGCUCCUGCUGGAGACCUCUGCCCAGUGUGUGCUUCUGGCUACAGGAGGGAGGCAGUGGCUCUGCACCGCAUCGCUCCCGGAGCCUCUCUCCCCAGCCCACCCCAUGCCCCGUAACAGCCAGAGCUGAGGAAGGGCAGAAAUGGUCCCAUUAGUUUCCCCCUCACCUAAUUAGGCCCAGAGAUGGAUCCCGACAGCAGCUGCAGCAGAGAGACACUUCUUAAGUAAAACAUGUCUCAUCUCCACCAACCAUUUCUGUCCACUUGCCCUGGAUGUUGGAAGACGGGAUUGAGAGGGGCUGCACAGGCCUGAGCCAGGACCUGGCUGCAGGGUUUCCUGAGAGGGAAAGAAAGGAGCUCCCUAUUCUCAUGCAAAAACCAAGGUGCUAAGUCUAGUUAGGGAGCUUUGGGAGAUGCCCGGACUAGUUGGAGGAAUAGUUGGCCGAGGUUCGGGCGCUCAGAGGAAGGCUGCACGUCCUGUCUUAGAGCUCUCUCAUUUGACUUGUCUGGGCCAGGAGGCUGGGGCUGCCAGGUAAUACCUGUCUUCUUGAAAGAAGUUGGGAAACUAUCAUCACUAGAGGCCUUCUGCUCAGAAAGGAGCUACCUGGGGGAUUCUCAAGGGUAGGGGGCAGGGCUAGAGCUGACCAGGGGUCUGCUAGCUUCUGUGAGCAGUCACGCUCUGACCUUGUCUCAGAUUGGGGUACGGGUCUUUCCUCAGGUUCAGGUGUCAGCUGUUUUGCAGGUCAGCUAAUAUGGAGUAAAAAAUGCAACCCUGCCCCGAAACCUGCAUUCUGGACUAAGAGUCUCAAACACCCCUUACGGCAAAGAAAGGGCCCUAGUCUCCUCCUCCACUUCCCACCAAGAGAAAACCACCCCUCCGUCCCUCCAGACCUGUGGGUCCCCGUGACCACCUGAGACGCACAUUCAUGAUUGCACCCUACCCCAGCUGCCUCUUCCUCCUUCUCCCUCCUUCUCUUCUGCUGCUUUUUCCCCCUGACCAACACAUCUGAGAGCAGCUGGCUUGCAGGCACUUCAAAGGCCAGGGAGUGGCUGGUCUGGGACAAGGGAGGAGCUGCCCACGGGGCUCUGGGUCAGGAGGCCCCUUGUCAGUCCUGUGACUCAGGUGCAGUGCCCUGGAGGCAAUGAGGUCACGUUGCUGUCAUCGUCCCUGCUCACGCUCUUGCUGGUGUGGCCUGUAGGUCCUUUUUCUUUCAGGAAGCCUGCUGGGUCUUGUCUCACCUCCGCUCAGCUCAUUGAGUUCUGCUUUCUUCCUUCCUUAUCUGGCCCUUUGGAGGCAAGCCUGCUGGUUGUGCCUGGCAGGGAGACCCGGCUCGGGGCAGCCCCUCAUGGGCCUUAUCUAUGACACAGCCACAGCAGCCUCCAGCUGGCGCCCUAUAGGGCCUGCCUUUGCCCCUGCUGCUGCUUGGCUCAGGCUCAACAGGCAGAGUGGUCGCAGUCGCUUGGCCCCUGCCUCUCCCAUCCUGGUGACUGUGUUUCCAGCUCACCUCAGUCUUGGCAUGUGAACUGCCUCUCCAGCCAUCUCUGCCACUUGCUCUCUUGGGCCCAGCAGAGGCUUUUGGGCUCUCGUCCCAACCCACAACUCACACAACGCAAUCAAAGUGGUUUCCUCCCUUCACUCCCUUUUAGGGUGUGGUCUCUUACUUAUCCAAAGGGCUUAAUUUAGGAAACUUUUACCCCAGGGGCAAAAGGCUCUUCGGUAGUAGGAUGGAUGGUGGCCUAGGUACAUUUUCCAGGCCCUGGGUUCUCCAUAUUUCAUGGUUUCUGUUGGAUGGAGGCAGCCUUGCUCUGUGUAAAAGACUGUGGGCCUCACCCCCACCCCUCAGCUGGGCACCCUUGGCAGGAAACAGGAGACCCAUUCUCACCCUGACUUACAGCUGUCCUCAGUGUCAGUUCUUUUCCAAGUGAGGGGUGGCCCCUGAGAAGAUUCCUCUGGCCCUCCCAGAGAGUGAACAGGAGGAAGCUGGGGGGUGAGGGGGUACCCCUGCAGAGAGCCUGGGUAGAACUCUUGAAUAGCCUUUGUAAAGGAAGAGCAGGGCUCACAAAUUCCACUUCACUCUUCCCUCCCACAAGCCCUUCUUCCCGAGGACUCUUGGUCCCCCACGGCAGCCUCUGGCCCCUGCUCCUCUCUCGUGUCGUUGGGUCCUCAGCCCAGGGUAAGCUGCAGUCAGGCAGGACAGGACAGGCAGCCGGAGGUCAGCAAGCUCUGAGCAGAAAAGAGCCAGCCAGCCCCCAACCUGUCUCUUGUCCACGCCCUUUGUGAUUUCAGUCUUGGUAGAACUUGUAUUUGGAGUUUUGUGCUUCAAAGUUUUUGUUUUUGUUCGUUUGAUUUUUGUUUUGAGGGGGUGGGGGGGAUUCAGAGCAGCUGAUCAAUUUGUAUUUAUUUAUUUUAACAUUUUACUAAAUAAAGCCAAAUAAAGUCUCUCA